GCGGCCUGAGUUCUAGCUGUACUCGACGUGACCAUUCUUGGCCAUGGCACAUGUCUAUCAUCUGCCUACUACGCACGGACCAACCCUGCAUGGCGGGCUAUAUAUAGCGAAGACGCAGUACGGCCGCGCCUGAGUUGGUCGAGCUCGCCAGUGGUCGGUCAUCUUCGUGCACCAUGUACAGCAACCAGGUGAUGCCCGUGGCGAAUGUCAUUUGCGCCCGACGAGAGAUCAAGCACCAAGUCGACAAGUUGUACGAGAACCUGCAGAGUCCCAAGGGUCUAUGCAACGUCACGUCGCCGCGAAAGUUUUCGCAUCUCGAGUUCAACGCCAAGAAGCGAGUGCAAGCUCAAGCUCGGCAAGCCCGCAUCGACCACGACAACCACCUCCUCAUGGAAAAGAUGGCGCAGAUCAUGUUCGCGCCAUCGUCCAAGAAAACGUCGGCUUCCUUCAAGCCCGGCACGUGUUUGGACAAGAACCAGCUGCCAAAGAUUGACAAUCACAACGACUACACGCUCGUCCAUGGGUACGCCAAGACGCGGCAGCGAGAAGCGCGUCGCAUUGCCAAGGAGAACUUGCUCCAUCGGCAACGAAUCGACGCUCAGAGACCAACGUACACGAACGCUGAGUAUCAUGCAGACAACGUGGCGAAGAAUGCUCAUCUCAGCCGCAUGCAUCGCAAACUCGUGUGGUCGAAACCUACGCGUGAUGAACUCAAACAGGAAGAACGACGGGAAGCCGCGGCCGCGACGCGGGAACUCGACAAAGCGCGGAUUUAUGCCUCGCCGACCGUAUCCGUCCCCGCUUCAAACGUCGAUAUCGUUUCUCCUGUCGCGAGGAACCGCAUGUGCAUCUGCAUCGAUAGCUUUGAACCAACUCCGCCGAUGGUCGCACGUUCGGGACGGACGUUUCCGCCGCCUCGACCUCCCAGGAAAUCCAUGCCCGUCGCACCAAAGGCAGCCGCCGCACCUCCCCACGGAAACAAUGACGAGAUUGACCUCAUCUUGCAAGAGAACGAAGCAGCGCUCGCGCCGUGCCCGAUCUCGGUCGACGCGGCAUACUCGGACACGAUCCUCAACGACGAGUACGAUGUGAACGAGUUUUGUGCCGAAUAAACCGCACGUCAUGAGAG